AUGAUUUUAGAAAAGUUCAAGUUACUAAGAAGGCACACCGUGCAUCCGUCUUCUUCGAAGGCGGGACAGCAUCAGACGGUAAAGGGUGCGCACAAUUCCUGGUGCACCCCGGAUACAACACCUACUCAUGAAAUAUUAACGAAAGCGGCAUCCAAUGUCGAAACGAAAACGAAAGUUCACGAUGAGACCAUUCAAUGUAGGGAUAAAAGAAUAAUACCAUUGCAGAAGGUACGCCUGUUUGCGGGCAGCCCGCCGCCUAAGUUCAAGCAUAAGGACGACGUGAAAGAAGCCGAUACAGAGCUCACGGAUUUCAAGAAGCCACAGUCUACUGGUAGUAGCAAACGGCCGCCAUCGGAUAGAAAGUUGGUGCCCAUAGUGGAGACGCCCCAGAGUCCUGUGCCGUCAUCGCCGAGCCGCAGCAAGAAAUGCAAGGGUUUGGCUUUGCCAACUUUCUGCGACCCUUUCGUGCCUAUCGACCCCCAGGGUCGCGGCUACAUCAGCUGGCUGCUGCUGGUGACCUUCUGCUACAGCUACAACGCGUGGUGCGUCGCGCUGCGCGCAACGUUCCCGUACCAGACGGCGGCCAACACGCCGCUGUGGAUGGCGGCGGACUACUUGUGCGACGCGGUGUACGCGCUGGACGUGGCGGUCGUGAAGCCCCGGCUGAUGUUCCUCCACGAGGGCUUCUGGGUGGACGACCCGGCGGAGACCAGGCGCAACUACAGGCGCAAGCUGCAAUUCAAGUUCGACGUCAUCUCUCUGCUUCCACUCGACCUGCUGUACUUCUAUUUUGGGACGCAGAAGGUAAUUCUCCGUUUCCCGAGGCUGCUCAAGCUGCAGACCUUCUGGGAGUUCCACCAGGCGAUGGACAGGGUCCUUUCCUCCCCAUACAUUGUAAGGAUCGGCAAGAUGCUGUUCUACAUCUUCUACUUGAUCCAUCUGAACGCGUGCGCCUACUACGCGAUGAGCGCAUACGAGGGUCUGGGCAGCAACGGCUGGGUCUACGACAACGUCGGCAACGCGUACAUACGCUGCUUCUAUUUCGCUACCAAAACCGCCACCUCCAUUGGCAAGAACCCGAAGCCGGAGAACACGGCGGAGUAUUUGUUCAUGACGGCUGCUUGGCUGAUGGGUGUGUUCGUGUUCGCGAUUCUCAUCGGCCAGAUACGGGACAUCAUCGCCACCGCCACCAGAGCUAGGACGGAAUAUCGCAAGAGCGUGGAUGGAUGCGCGCGUUACCUCCGGCGGCUGGGAAUGCCACGUGCUCUGCAGCACCGCAUGGCCUGCUGGUUCCGCUACACCUGGAGCCAGCAGAGGUGUUUUGACGAAUCUAAGAUACUGAACUCGCUGCCCUAUAAUAUGAAGAGGGAUGUGGCGCUGGCCGUGCAUAUGUCGACGCUGAGCAAGGUGCAGCUGUUCCGCGACUGCUCGGCGUCGCUGCUGCGCGACCUGGUGCUGCAGCUGCGGCCCGUGGCCUGCCUGCCCGGCGACCUGCUCGUGCGCCGCGGCGACGUCGGCCACCACAUGUACAUCAUCAAGAGCGGCGAGUGCUAUGUAAUGUCUCCCGACGAGAAAGAAGUGCUAGCGACCCUUCGAGAAGGUUCCGUGUUCGGCGAGAUCAGUCUACUAGGCAUCGAUGGACUGCGACGGCGCACGGCGACUGUUAGGUCCCGCGGCUACUCGAGCCUGUUCGCGCUCUCCAAGAGCGACCUGGACGCCGCGCUGAAGCACCACAAGGAGGCCGCGCAGGUGCUGCGGCUGCGCGCCGACCACAUCAUCAAGGAGAACGCGGCGCGACAGGCCCAGCGCCGCAUGGCCGAGCUUGGCGAGCCUGUCGCCCGGCGGCCCGAGCGCCGAACGCGGCCCCCCAGCGCCCUCUCCAGGCGACGCCCCUCUGCCCGCUCCGAGAGCAAGCAGGCACAAGGCGAAGGUGCGCAGCCACUGACAUACCAACAGCAACGGAUCCAACUACCGAAGAUUGUGCUUUCCAGCGAC